CACACAUCGCCGUCGCAAUGGCCGCCAUGACCGUUUCCAUGACCUCCGCGUUCACCCGCGGCGCCGCGCGCGUCACCGCGUCCGCGCCGAAGGCUCGCAAGCUUCGCUCCUUCGUCGUCCGCGCCGAGGGUGAGGAAGCGCCCGCCGCCGAGGAGGCCCCCAAGGCGGUCGUCAAGGCGCAGCCGCGCUCCAAGGACGACCUCUACCUCAUGGGCGUCUCCGACCAGAACAUGGCGUACCUCGACGGCACGCUCCCGGGCGACUUCGGCUUCGACCCGCUCGGCAUGUCCGACCCCGAGGGCGCGGGCGGGUUCGUCAACCCGCAGUGGCUCGCGUACUCCGAGGUGAUCCACGGCCGCUGGGCGAUGCUCGGCGUCGCCGGCAUCGUCGCGCCCGAGAUUCUCGGUCAGGCUGGGCUCAUCCCGGAGUCCACGGGCCUCGUGUGGUUCACGUCGGGCGCCAUCCCGCCGCAGGGCACGUUCGAUUACUGGGCGAACCCGAUGACGAUCUUCUGGGUGAACAUGUGCAUGAUGAACUUCGCGGAGAUCAAGCGCGGGCAGGACUACUGGUACCCCGGCUCCCAGGCGGAGCAGCCGCUCAUGGGUUGGGAGAAGGGCUUCGCCGGGUCCGGCAACCCGGCGUACCCGGGCGGCAAAUACUUCAACUUCGCCGGCCUCGGCAAGGACGACAUGGCGAAGAUGCAGAAGAAGGAGAUCAAGAACGGCCGUCUGGCGAUGAUGGCGUUCCUCGGUUGCAUGGUCCAGGCGGUCGUCACCGGCGAAGGGCCGUGGAAGAACAUCUGCGAUCACGUCGCGGAUCCGUUCGGGGCGAACAUGCUCGCCAACUUUGGCGCCAUCGGCGGCGCGUCUCCGUUCUAAAUUAACGCCCGUCUCGCGUGCGUUUAAUGGAUGGAUGGCGAAGAACAAAGUAGGAUGAUGUUAAAGAAGGAAGGCGAGAUGAGAUGCCGCGGCGGCGGGUAGUGUACACCGAGAAGAGAAGAGUCGAUAGAAGGAGGGAAAGAAGCGCUUCGGUUCGUAGUGUAAGAGGAGAUCGAUUCGAUUCGAUUCGAAAACGCUAAACG